AUGGCCGCCCUUCGAAUUUCCACUGCGAUAAUGUCGCGCAAUGCCCUCGCUACCUGUCGAUCUCCCUUCUUAAGGGCUCGCUAUAGCGUACGCCUAUCCCAGCCAUUCAGCACCACCACAAGCAGCAAGUAUGCCGGCACGGCACCACUUCUGUCCCUAGCCCCCAAGAUCGAGCGUGGGGGCUCCAAAGUAUUCAAAGAUGCCGAUGCCGCGGUGACAGACAUCAAGAGCGGAUCGACCAUCCUCAGCUCAGGCUUCGGCCUGUGCGGAGUAGCAGAAACAUUGAUCAAUGCAAUGCACCGCCGAGGCGUCGAUCAAUUGCACUCCCUCACGGCCGUGUCGAACAAUGCCGGCGCGGCAGGCAAAGGCGGCCUCUCAACGCUCUCGCAAAAUGGUCAAAUUGACCGUCUGAUCCUUUCCUACCUCGGCAAUAACAAAGCACUGGAGAAGAAAUAUCUGACGGGAAAUAUCGCUAUUGAGCUGUGCCCGCAAGGGACCUUGGCCGAGCGUCUUCGCGCGGGUGGUGCUGGAAUCCCCGCAUUCUUUACCCCGACAGGAGCCCAUACUUUCAUCCAAGAAGGAAAGAUUCCCGUUCGCAUGGAUGAAUCUGGGAAGGUCUUGGAGUCUGGAAAGCCGCGUGAGACACGCGAGUUCAACGGAAAGACCUAUCUUAUGGAGGAGGCGUUGACAGGUGAUGUGGCCAUCCUGCGGGCUUGGAAGGCCGAUGAGGCUGGCAACUGUGUUUUCCGAUACACCACGAAAGCCUUUGGUCCCAUCAUGGCCAAGGCCGCCACUCUCACCAUCGUGGAAGCCGAGAACAUCGUUCCAGUAGGAUCGAUUGAUCCCAAUGAUGUGGAUUUGCCAGGAAUCUUCGUUGAUCGCAUUGUUCCUGCGACAGAUGACAAGCACAUUGAGAAUAAGAAGCUGCGGUCUAACGAGACUGCUGGUUCGACCGACGCUGGUCAAACCCAAAGAGAACUGAUCGGUCGUCGAGCUGCAAAGGAAUUGAAGCCUGGAUACUAUGUCAAUCUGGGCGUUGGAAUCCCUACCCUGGCGCCGUCUUUCCUGCCCAAGGAUGUCAAGGUGUGGAUUCAGUCGGAGAACGGAAUUCUGGGAAUGGGUGACUAUCCCACAGAGAAAGAGCUUGAUGCGGAUAUCAUCAAUGCCGGCAAAGAGACUGUCACUCUCGUUCCUGGAGCUGCCACAUUCGACAGCACCGAGUCCUUUGGAAUGAUCCGCGGCGGUCACGUUGAUGUGUCCAUCCUCGGUGCCUUGCAGGUGAGCGCCAACGGUGAUCUGGCCAACUACAUGAUCCCUGGCAAGGUCUUCAAGGGCAUGGGAGGUGCCAUGGACCUGAUCUCCAACCCCGAAAAGACCAAGAUCGUCGUGGCUACCAGUCAUGUCGCCAAGGAUGGAUCACCCAAGAUUGUACAGAAGUGCAGUCUUCCUCUGACGGGUGCCAAUGUCGUUAGCACCAUUAUCACAGACCUGGUAAGUCGAGAUCGUCUCUUAGUCGAGCGCCAACUGACCCAGAUUGCAGUGUGUAUUCCAGGUAGACCGGAAGACCGGAGAGCUCACGCUGACGGAGCUUGCGCCGGGCGUUGA